AUGUACCGCAACCAGUACGACACCGAUUGCAUCACCUGGUCACCUCAAGGGCGCCUAUUCCAGGUGGAGUAUGCGAUGGAGGCAGUAAAACAGGGUACUUGCUGUGUAGGUAUCAAGUCAUCGACGCACAUCGUCUUGUGCGCGGUUCGCCGUAAAUCCUCUAGGCUCGCCGACUAUCAAGACAAGCUAUUCCGAAUCGGGGACUAUAUCGGAGUGGCGAUGUCUGGAAUUACCUCUGACGCAAAGAUGAUCGUGAACUAUAUGCGCAACGAGUGCCUCAACAACCGCUUCCUAUACGGUUGUGACAUCACCGCUGAGAAACUUGUAUCGCUGAUAGCUCAGAAGUCACAGGCGAACACGCAGACAUCAUCAAAACGCCCAUUCGGUGUCGGCCUCCUCGUCGCCGGCUACGACGAUAAGACAGGGCUACGUCUGUACGAGACGUGUCCUAGUGGCAAUGUGUUGGAAUACAAUAGUGCAAAGACAUACCUCGAGAGGAAGAUUGCCAACUUCAAAGAAUCUGAACUGGAUUCUCUGAUAUACCACGCUGUUAAGGCGGUCAAGUUGACUGUCCCUAGUGACGGAGAACAACUGCGUGUUAUAAACAACGAGUUGCGCCUUUCACUUGACCGCAAACACAAAACAGACGCUUCUGAAAAUGACGAUGAAAUUCGCAAAAAGGCGCAGAAACACGUAGAUGUGUACCUUCUUUCCGAGGAUUACUACAAGACCGUGGAGUACGCGCGUGACAAGCUCGUCUUCCAAAUUGUCAGCUCACUGAUGCAGAAUGUUAUCUCUAUUAUGAUGCUAUUCACAUUCUUCGGGCCCAUCCUUUGGCAUUUCUCAGGUUCCCUACUGAAAACACCCUCAGAGACAUACCAGGUGGGCGCCUUCGUCGCAGUGUUCUACUUGUUCAUGAUGGUGAUAUACCCGGAUUUCAUCGCACCGCUAUUCAACAAGUUCGAGCCGCUCAAUGAUGAUGAUCUAAAAGAGGGAAUAGAGGCUCUUGCAAAGAGGCUUAAGUUCCCAUUGCGAGAAAUUAAGUUGAUGGACGGUUCAAGACGUUCCAACCACUCCAACAUGUACUUCUACGGUUUCUGGUGGUUCAAGAAAAUUGUAAUGUACGACACGCUUCUUAAACAGCCAAAGUCACAAAUCAUUGCUAUCACGUCACAUGAACUGGGACACUGGAAGUGCAACCACACCCUCAAGUUGUUGCUCUUCAGCUUCGCUCAACUGUUCGCCAUUUUUUACCUGUUCGGGCUUUACAAGGAUGAUGCAUCGAUGUUUGAGAGUUUCGGCUACGGCAAUGAGCGUGCUUUCAUAGUAGGAAUCACUCUAUUCGGCUACAUAUACACCCCUCUUGGCGUCGUGCUACACCUUAUAGGUACCACCAUCACGCGCCGGGGAGAGUACGAAGCGGAUAAUUUCGCGGUGAAGAUGGGAUACGGAGACGAUCUAGCAAAAGCGCUAGUAGAGAUACACCACAAGAACAAAUCCAUGAUACAUCACGACCCACUAUACUCAUGGUAUCACUUCACUCACCCAGUACUCUUCGAGCGUGUGUACGCCAUAUACAAGGCAAUGGCGGAUAAGAAGAUUUGA